CCUUCCUCCUCCUCCCUCUCAUCCUCCCUCCUCCACCUCCCUGUUUCUGUCUGUCCCGCUCGGCUCAGCAGACUCGGCUGCACGCAAUGGAACACAUCUGAACCCGGGUGGUGGAGUCACUUUGAAACGGGACCUCAGACAGCUAUAACUGUGGAUGCUGCUGGUCAACAGGAAAUGCCUUGUGGACUCUCGUUUGCCAUUUAGCGAUUUUACUUCUCUGGGCAGCUCUUGUUUAUCCCCAAAAGCGAGCGGGGAACGAAAAAAAGUCUGGGUAACUGAGGCGAUACACGGGACAUCCGUCGCGCAUCAGGAUGCUCGGUAUAAGGCAGCAUUUCACUUUGACGGCAGUGGCAGUUGUUGCGCUGCUGGCCUGUGCGUUGUCCUUCAACGUGGACCAGAAAAAUGGUUUGUCGUUCAACGGCCCUUUGGAGGACAUGUUUGGUUACACUGUCCAGCAGUUUGAGAACAGCGAGGGGAAAUGGGUUCUGAUUGGCUCGCCGCUGUCGGGCCAGCCAGCUAAACGGACAGGAGACGUCUACAAGUGUCCUGUGGGGACGGGCGACAACACAUGUGUCAAACUGGAUCUACCAAAAAACACAACAAUUCCCAAUUUGCAUGAAGUCAAGGAGAACAUGACCAUGGGAACGACACUGGUGACCAAUCCCAAUGGAGGAUUUCUGGCCUGUGGUCCUCAGUAUGGCUACAUGUGCGGGCAGCAGCAGUACAUCUCAGGAGUUUGUGCGAAUGUCAGCUCUUCCUUCCAGAUCCUCAACUCUGUGGCUCCGGCGGUGCAAGAGUGUGGGAAGGAGAUGGACAUCGUGAUUGUUCUGGAUGGAUCUAACAGCAUCUUCCCCUGGCCUAGUAUCACCCAAUUUCUGCUUCGUUUCCUUGAAAAAAUUGAGAUUGGGCCAAAACUGUCCCAGGUGGGCAUAGUGGCUUAUGGUGAGAAUGUGACUCACCGUGUCAACCUGAGCCAGUUUGACAAAACUCCUGAUCUGCUGGAAUUCGUUGAAGAACUUCCUCAGCAGACUGGCUACAAGACCAUGACCUUACUGGCCAUUGAAACAGCCAGGAGGGAGGCCUUCACACUGGAGCGUGGAGCACGUCCUGGGGUAAAGAAAGUCAUGGUGGUUGUGACUGACGGAGAUGCACAUGAUUCUCAUGAACUCGACAGGGUCAUGAAAGAAUGUGAGGCAGAUGGCAUCGAGAGGUUUGGCAUUGCUGUUUUGGGAGACUACAAUCGUCAGAACAAAAGUUCACAAGAUGUGCAGAAGUUCAUCAAGCAGAUCGAGUCCAUCUCUAGUAAACCACUGCAGGACCACUUCUUCAACGUGUCCGACGAGGUGGCGCUGUUGACCAUUGUGGAUGCUCUGGGAAGCAGGAUUUUCGCAUUGGAAGCUACAACCGGCAAUUUCACCUCUUCCUUUGAGAUGGAGAUGUCUCAAGCUGGAUUUAGUGCCCAUCCUACCAAAGACGGAGUGUUACUGGGAGCAGUGGGAGCGUAUGACUGGAAUGGGACAGUGGUGAUGCAAACUGCUGAGAGAACAAUCGUCCCAGGGAACUUAGAUUUCUACGAUGCAGAGACUGAGGCGGGGUACGAAGGACUCGCCGGAUACCUCGGCUAUGAUGUCCAGUCAGCCUCCACCCCGGAUGGAGUGCUCUACAUCUCAGGUGCACCUCGGUACAACCACACAGGCCGCGUCGUUAUCUACCGACUGAAUAAAAACAACAAUGUUGUCGUCUCACAGAUACUGAAAGGAGAACAGAUUGGUUCCUACUUUGGCAGCGUUCUGCAGACUGUUGACGUGGAUGGAGACUCCAACACAGAUCUCCUUUUGGUUGGCGCUCCAAUGUUCAUGGGCAAAGAAAGAGAUGAGCAGGGUCAGGUCUACGUCUACAAACUCAACCAGGUCGGCCAGUUUGAGCACGAGUUCACUCUAAAGCCCGUCAAUCAGUCCUGUUGUACGUCUCGUUCAGCUAGCUGCUCUAAUAAAAACGAGCCAUGUGGUGCCCGGUUUGGCACAGCCAUCGCAGCCGUAACAGAUCUCAACCUUGACGGGUUCAAUGACGUGGCCAUCGGGGCGCCUCUUGAGAACGACCACCGAGGGGCCGUCUACAUCUACCACGGAGAGAAGACGUCACUGAAAGAGAAAUACGUACAGCGCAUCCCUGCAGGAGGUGAUGGUGUGAAGGUGAAAUUCUUCGGUCAGUCCAUACACGGAGUCAUGGAUCUUAAUGGAGAUGGCAUCACUGAUGUUACCAUUGGAGGUCUGGGCGGGGCUUCACUAUUCUGGUCCAGAGAUGUUGCAGAGCUCCAUGCCAACAUGACCUUUGACCCUGUCAAAAUCAACCUGCAGCAGGCGCAGUUUCAGUGCGAACACGGAGGACGCAAAUCUGUGUGCGUGAAAACUGAGGUGUGUUUCACGUACAGCAUCAAAUCAGACCAGCAAGACUCAAAAUCUGCAGCAGAAAUCCGCUAUGAUCUGACUCUGGAUGCUCUGCGUGCGAAAGCUCGGGCUUCAUUUAUCAACACUGACGAUAAAAGUGAUCGAAGGAUCACCAGGAGAUUCACCAUCAAAGACAGAGAGAAAAAAUGUGUGCAAGAAACCUUCAUGAUGUCGGCCCGGCUGGACUUCCGAGACCCUCUCAUGGUGUCUUUGCAGUUUGGACUCGCUGAUGAAGACCAAGGCCCCGUCCUGGAUGAAAACCUCCCCAGGUCCAUCAAUAAGACAAUUCCUUUAGUGGACUGCGGCAGCAAUCAGAGGUGCAUUGCUGACCUCUCUCUCAAAGCUGAGCCAAGUGUAAAAAGGAUGACGAUCAAAACGAUCAAAGACAGAAUUGAAGUGAACGUCAACGUUAGAAACAGCAAAGACAACGCAUACAACACUAAAGUGACCCUCAGCUUCACACCAAACAUUAAUUAUGUCAAAGUGGAGCCAGAGAAGACGUGCUCUCUGAAUAACACCAAAGUGGAGUGUGCUGUUGGAUACCCCUUCUUGGGGAGCAAUGUAGAGGAAAAUUUCAAAGUUAAGUUUGAGGUCAAUCCCAAGCAUGUUCAGGCAGUAAUUCAGAUCAACGUGACGGCUACAAGCGACAGUGAAGAGCUGGAUUCCACUCUACAUGACAACACAGUGCAAAUCUCCAUCCCUGUCAAGUAUGAAGCCGGACUCAUUUUCUCAGUUCGGCCUGUGGAUGAACAUAUUUUAGUCAAAGAAGGGGAACAGUACCCCGCCAAAAUCAAUGAAACCUGGAUGAUCGGAGAGGAGGUCAACAUCAGCUACACGGUGGACAAGUCAGGCGAAAUGGAGACUCCGCCCCUCUACCUGACAGUGACGUUUCCUCAUCUGUCUCCUCAUCAGAACCACUUACUGUACCUGACCAACGUCAACCCCAGCCCACGGGUGAUAUGUGAUGCAGAUAGCUGGAUCAACCCUCUGAAGAUUCCCCCGACUGUUAUAAAACCCGACCCAAAGAAAGAAAGCCUCGGCGUUUAUAUACUGAGCUGUGAAAACCACUUCUGUGCGUCAUUUAGCUGCCUUAUCCCCGAGGCUACAUAUGGACAGGUCAACGUCACCUUCCGAGUGUGGAAACCUACAUUCAUCAAGGGCGAGUUUUCCAGUCUGCAUAUGUUGGUGAACGCCACGUUAGGAGCCAGAGACGCUGACCUGUUUGAACUGAGCAGCAGCGACAGGAGCAGAAGUGUGAAGAUCCAGGUUUCGAAGGAGACUUUAGGAGGAAUCCCUAUAUGGAUCAUCAUCAUCAGCAUUUUGAUUGGACUGCUGAUCUUAGCACUUGUCAUCUUUGUCCUUUGGAAGAUGGGCUUCUUCAAGAGAAAAUCCAGGGACUACUCGAAGGAGGACAUGAUGGACUGAGGUGUCCAGCAGCAAGCAGAUCUCUGACCGACUGUUUCCACAGCUAACAAGGUCGCACAACAGACAGCCGGACGAAUGGACCAACCGUCAAAAGACCCACAGACAUGAAAGAAGAAACUGACGUCUUGGAAAAUACAGAUACCGUUCACUGUUUCCAAUAAAGGCACGGGUCAAAUAAUGUUUGCAAAUACUUUCAAACCUACAAAUUGUUCUUUGAUUAGCAUCAGGCUACAACAUGCUGGCUUUAAAGGAAGUCUCAAAAAAAGAGAGCGCUUUAAUGGACAGUCUCUUUUAAUUAUACAAAGUAUUACUUUAUGUGGAAUAUUUGCAAAUACUAUUUUUUCUAGGAAUGCUUCUUUCUUGCAGGUAUACAGUAGAUAUAACAUCAGGUCCCGCUGUUUAGGAAGAUGAAGAAACCAUUACUUAGCAGGCAUCUGUUGGCAUAGAAGCAUUUAUCUGUAUUACAUACAGCAGACAAACAAAAACCUUCAGAGCUACAACAUCUGCACUCAAGCUUUAGAGGAAAAAGAACUCAGGUUUUUCAGUGUAUGCAACCUCACACACUUUCUAUGUCUUUACAGCAACAGUGUAACAUGGCAUAUUCCCUUGUGCAACACACAAUAUGUGAACUUGAAAUGUGUAGUCUGUUUGAUAGAGUAGACUCUCGUAUUAUGUGCUGAUUAGUUUUGAAGAACACUGAACCUUUUAGCAUUUUAUACCAUUUACUUUUUGUUUUGGUAUUUUAACAAUAUAACGUGGCACAUCCCGACUCUCUUCAUGUUGACUAAAGACACUGACCUGAGAUUUAGAUGAAGGUGCGGUCUGUAUGCUUAUAUUUUUUUAUACUUUCAAAAUAAGAUAACCAUCAACAAACAAAAAAAAAUUGUCCCAACUUGGAUGUUAAAUGUUUGUGAUGAGGUCUGGUUAAAGAACGCUGCGCCUUCAACACCCCAAACUCUGAUUGUACUGUAAAUAUUAGUAAAUGCUCAAUAAUGUAAAGCUUUAAAAAAAAAAAAAUGUACAUAAUUGUUUUUGCUAUUUUCCUGUAAUUUAAAAGAUGUUGUCAUUGGUUGUUUUUGUGUGAUCAAUGGUUGCAGAAGAUGAUUUUGCUCAGGUGCUACGAGUAUCAUGGAUGAUGACAUUAACAUUUGAUACAUACAACAAAUAUCUGGCCCAUCUCACAAUUUCAAAGCUGAUACAAAUGUGUAAAUAUUGUUAUAUUUUGAACAGAAAACUGCAAUUAUACAUGAAGAUGAGGGUUUGUAUCCACUACUUUAGUUUGUUUUCAUUGAAAGUGAUGUUUCAAGCCUUUUGAAUGACUGUGCUUUCCGUAUUUUACAUGAUUUAGAUGAGAUAUUACUGUAGUAUAUUUUGAAUCAAACUUUUAAUUAGGAAAAGGGAGGUACAACUUCUUCCACUGUAGAAAUAUGUGUCACCAUUCACCAGCAGUUGCCAUGUAGAGAAUAUGAUAUAUUGGUAUGUGGUUUGUUGUGUAGACAAGCUACAAAAUUUAACACAAAGACGUAGCAAACAAUGAACUCUGUCAAAGCUCGAUGUCAACACCUACAAAGUUAUUCUUCUGUGUUUCUGUCUCUAUCUUGUUGAUGAAGUUGCACAGCUACACAAUAUGUUAAAAGAGAUUAUAUUGUAUAUUGAGGAGGCCGUGCCUCUGCCCCGAAAAGCUCAGAGAGAAGAAGAGGAGGCCACUUUUGAUUCUUAAAUACCCCUUAGCUCACACUCUCCACUGUUGACAAGAAGCACAUGUAAUAGAUUGUAUGUACAGAAUGUGUAACUGAGUCUUUUUAAGAUAAUAGGGCUACAUCAGUCUUAUGCACCAGGGUGGAGUCAAGGGUCUCACUUUGCUCACUUGAGGUGGUCCUCAUCUGUUGAUAACUUGUGAGCAUGGGUAAAAAGUACAAAGUGAGAUAUUUGAGCUCUACCCCAGCCUUCUACACUGCUGUGAAGUCUUCAUUGUAAUGCACUGGUUUGUCAGACUGUAAUGUGUCCUCAUCAGCACAGAGAUGAACUGAAUCCUAAGUACAAAAAUAAAAACUUUUUACAAAUA